UGACCACUGUCUGAAUUCCCACUCUCUCUCACACACCCCUGAAACCUCUCCCACACUGUUUCAAAAUUUCAGCUUUUCUCCCCUCUUUUGAUCCCCAAUUUCCGCCCUCCCCACCAAAAUGCAGCUCCUCGCCGCCCUCCUCCUCCUCCUCCUCCUCACCUCCGCCGCCGCCAAAUCGACCAUCGAGCCCUGCUCCAACUCCGGCUCGUGCCCCGCCCUUGUCGGCUACACCCUCUACACCGACCUCAAAGUCUCGGAGCUGGCCUCCCUCUUCUCCGCCGACCCCAUCUCCCUCCUCCUCGCCAACUCCAUCGACAUCUCCCUCCCCGACGUCGAGAACCACAUCCUCCCCUCCCAGCUCUUCCUCAAAAUCCCCGUCUCCUGCGCCUGCGUCGACGGCAUCCGCAAGUCCUCCUCCGUCACCUACAACACCCGCCCCGCCGACACCCUCGCCUCCAUCUCCGCCGCCGUCUACGCCGGCAUCGUCUCCCCCGACCAGAUUCGCGACGCCAACCCCACCGCCGACCUCUCCGACCCCUCCGUCAUCGCCGUCGGCACCCCCCUCUCCGUCCCCCUCCCCUGCACCUGCUUCAACAACUCCGACAACAACCUCCCCGCCGUCUACAUGUCCUAUGUCGUCAAAGACGUCGACACGCUCUCAGGCAUCGCCGCCAGAUACGUCACUACUGUUAGUGACUUGAUGAAUGUCAAUGCGCUUUCCUCCGCCGAGAUUAAGGAUGGCGACAUUCUCGCCAUUCCUCUCUCUGCUUGUGCUUCAAACUUCCCAAGAUACUCCUCCGACUACGGCUUGGUUGUGCCAAACGGGAGUUAUGCUAUAACUGCUGGCCACUGUGUGCUGUGCAGCUGUGGACCAGGCAGUCGCAACUUAUACUGCCAACCGGCUCCGCUGGCAGUGUCUUGUUCAAGCAUGCAGUGUAGAUACAGCAAUCUGAUGAUCGGAAACAUUACCGCACAGCCAUCAAGUGGCGGAUGCAAUCUCACUUCUUGCAGCUACAAUGGUUUCGUCAACGGAACCAUUGGUUCAACGCUGUCGACGUAUCUCCAGCCUCGAUGCCCAGGGCCUCAACAAUUUCCGACACUCAUUGCUCCGCCUACAUCGCUCCCGGAUUCGUACUUUGCUCCAGCACCAUCACCAUCAGAAGCCGGUGGCAUUCCAUCAACGAACCCCAGGUCCGUAGUACCCUCGACUGGCGUAGCUUUUGGACUCCCGCCAGCAGGUGGACCAGCCGGAAGUGCCUCUGGGGCCUCGGACGCUCGCUCACUGAUGGAUCGAGUAACGGCCUUUCCCGUUGCCCUCGUGUUAGGUCUCGCUGUCAAGUUCGUACUCUCAACGCCCUUAUAAACUCCGAUCUCCUCAUUCAACUCGUGGGAUGGGACCUUAUUUUGGUUGGUUUAGGUCUCAUGGAAUUCAGACAAUUGUUGUUGAGAAAAUCAGCUUUGGCUGUGCCAUUCCUUAUUUUCUUUAAAAUUCUGCUGUUGACACUUUGUAGAAGAAUUGAUGUGUAGCUAUUGUCCUAUUUUCAUUUUUUUUUGUAUCAUGUUUCAUUUAAUCCAACAACAUAAUUUUUGUG